AUGGUCGAAAUCACCGUCUCUGGGAUCCUGUCAGACAUGGAUGGUCAGUCGAGCGAGCUCUUUCGCGGGUAACUAGUUGAUCGCACGACAAGUCCCCUGUCGAGCUUCGCAAGUUCCAGCUCCUCACGAUUCGAGCGUGGUCUGGACGAGGCGAGAAGUAGAGGCUCACUAUCCAACGAUCGAAACUCGGCCAGUCAGCUGAAACACUCGCUCCUCUUCGCUCUUGUCUCAUCAGGGACGCUCGUCGAUUCGACCGCGGCCGUCGAAUUGACCAUGACUGAAUGGGCCCGAGCAAAUGGUCAUGAACCAGCCUAUUUCCUCUCGCAUUCCCAUGGCGUUCGCACGCGAGACACCAUCAAACGAUGGCAGACCGUACCCAAGCCUGGAUCCGAAAUGAGCGAAGACGAAUUGGACCAAGAGGUGUUCAGGAUCGAGGGCUUGAUUGCUUCAAAUGGGAGGAUGUUGGCUGAACGCGGCGAGAGGGGGAUUUAUGAAUUACCGGGUGUCCAUCGGAUGAUCAAGGAUUUGAUCAAGGGCGGAGCGAGAUGGGGGAUCGUCACAUCAGGUACGUUGGAGGGUGUUUUACUUCGGGUCGCGAGCAUAUGACUGAUUCUUGAGCAUGUCUCUCUCUUCUAGCAACGAUCGUUUACGCUUCUAGCGCUUUGCAAACGGGCAAGAUCAAGGCCGAUGCGCCUGAUUUACCUUUUAUCGUCACUGCCGACAACGUCACCAACGGGAAACCGCACCCGGAGCCUUACUUGCAGGGAAUCAAAGGCAAUUAUCCUCGGAGACUCACUCGGUGCUCAUUGGCGAGACCGGGUUACUGGCAACCUGAUCGGGCACUGACGGUUCGUUCCGAUUUUCGAGGUUCAGAAUUGGAGAAACUAUCGGGUGCCCCGUUCGACCCCAAGACGGUCUUGGUUUUUGAAGAUGCCCCGUCGGGCUUAGCGAGCGGUUUGGCAGCGGGCUGCCAGACUCUGGCCGUGUGCACCGGUCAGACCCGCGAGAGGAUCCGGGCGACUGAUGCGACCUAUCGAACAGUUGACUUGGAGAGGUGAGCUAUCUUUACAGUGCUUCGAACUGCGAGGGUGUAGGCUGACUGACCUUCGAGCCACCCAUCGUCAAUGUUUUCUUUUCACCAUCAGGGUCGAAAUCGUCAAGUGCAGUCCCGAGUCGAUCACGCUGAGGAUCCGAACACUAGAGGAAGAGGAGGCCGAAGAGGGAGCACUUGGAAAUUAG